CAAGAACAGAAGGGAAAAACUGGGUUGGAUAUGGCCAAGAAAGUUGUGGUUGCUGUUAAAGCAUCCAAAGAAAUUCCCAAGACUUCUCUGGUGUGGGCAUUGUCUCAUGUUGUUCAACCCGGAGAUUGCAUUACGUUGCUUGUUGUUUCUUCACAUUGUUCAGGUAGGAAAUGGCCUUUUCCAAGAUUUUCUGGUGACUGCGCCAGCAGUAGCCGCAAGUCCCAAACAGGAUCAAGUUCGGAGCAAAAUUCUGGUAUCGGUGAUUCCUUCUCCCAAAUGAUCCUCCGGCUCCACGAUGUUUAUGAUCCCAACAAGGUAAAUACCUGGCUCUGAGUGCUUGAUUAUG